AUGGCGAGCAAGCUUGAUGCAUUCCUUGCCGUCGUACCUGCCAACUCUAGUGCACCCAGUCCACCCAAGUCGGCACCGGCAUCACUAGCUCUACCGCAGUUCGAAAUUAAAGUGGCGCCCGAGAAUAUUGGCAUUUUGGCGCCCACGACACCGAAGUCACCUCUAAAGCAUCAGCGUUGCUCUACUUUUCAGCAAAAUAGUAAUUUUGGUCUUGAUCUAGCGCCGGACAAUAGCAGCUCUAACCGAAUGCAAGUCAAAUCUGAAGAUGAUCGGGGUUUGACGCAACCUUCACCGUUGAAGAGCUUUAUGGCUGCUCAGGCGGCAGCAGCUAAAUUUAAAUCUUAUCAAGAAAAACAGUGUCUGUCAUUGCCGGCUUUAGUACGUAUAGGUAGUGGCACUGAAUUGGACGCAAAGUCGGAGGCGGAACCGAUGCGCAUGGCCAGUAUACAAGGCUCGCACCAUCGUCGAGUGUCCACAGAUAGGACAUCCUUCAAUCGAUAUCUGCGUCAACAGGAAGAUGUUGACAUUGGCCAGGAGGCAAUAGAGCACUUUGCCAAUGUGCCAGUCAUUACCGCUACUUUAGCUGUUUCAGAUGAGCUCGAAAGCGAAUUGGGUACAGACGACAACGUCAACAAAGAGUUAACGAAUGCGGGUAUACCAGAAUUAACACUUGACGAAAUUACUGCAUUGUUUCGACUUGGUGGCACGAUAUCAGUGUCUUGUGCACUUGAGAUUGUGCGAAAAGCGACCAACCUUAUGUCGCUGGAGCAAAAUGUAAUCGCAAUCCGUGCGCCGUAUACGCUUGUGGGAGAUCUUCACGGACAGUAUCAAGAUUUAAUGCAGUUAUUUCACGUCCACGGUUGUCCGGCAGUCGACAACCCGUUCUUAUUUCUCGGGGACUAUGUAGAUCGUGGAAUAUCUUCUUGUGAAAUUAUUCUGCUGCUUUUGGCGUACAAAGUGGCUUAUCCCGAAAGUGUACAUCUACUGCGCGGUAAUCACGAGUGCAGAAGCUUAAGUACUUUCUACGGCUUUCGCGCGGAAUGCUUGAAGAAAUAUGGACCUGUAGUGUACAACCGGAUGAUCAAAUGUUUCGAAAGUAUGCCGUUAGCUGCGCGACUUGAAACUAGUCAUGGUACGUUCUUGGCUGUACAUGGAGGACUCUCGCCGGACAUAUCUUUCGUAGAUGACAUCAACGACCAGGUGAACCGCUUCAUGGAGCCCGAACCUUACGGUGCUUUGUGUGACUUGCUUUGGUCAGACCCUGCAAGGUGCAAAGCACAGGAGCAAGAGUGGGUGCCCAAUGGAACCCGUGGUUGCUCCUAUACAUUCAAUGAGCAGGUUUGUUGUGACUUUCUUAAACGCAACAAUUUACUGGCUAUCAUUCGUGCUCACGAGCUUGAAGAGGAUGGCUUUAAAGAGCAUUUUUGCCAGGAUGCGGACCAAACGCAUGAGGAAACAGAUGAAAAUUUAUCUUUACCUGCAGUUGUGACAGUGUUCUCAGCUCCAGAGUACUGCAACACAAAUCACAAUGUUGGGGCAACGUUAAAGAUACCGUGGGAAAAACAAAAUGGCCGCUUGCUAGAGUAUCAGCAGCACAAGCGCAGUCAUAACGCCGAGUUUGAGUUUACUCGCAUUAGCGAAGAUGAAGCUGUGAAGACGUUUUUGAAAGACAAUUUGCCGUUUCUACCAAUUGAUUUUUACGAGCUAGUGAAAAUUUGUCGACAUUUGCGGCUUACUCUUGAGCGGGUAGCUAGCAUCACAUCGCAAGAGACAAAACCUAUUCCGAAACAGUCUUUAGUCUCAUCGCUGUGUACUUCAGGAACUCUCGAAAACAAGGCCAUGAAGAAAAAUCUGAACCUUUACGUAACACCUUUUGCACUGACUGAUGAGAUGGAGAUAAAGAACGACGUGCUUAGUGCUACCGACUCCAAUGAAGAUAACAGAGAAAAGCUGCAGGAUUGGGAAUUAGUUGACGAGACAGAGAAUUUCGAAGCUCGUACAAAAAAAUCAAAGAAAAAUGGAAAGAAGGUAAAAUUGCACAAGAAUUUGAAGGAUAAGGCAACAGAGAGACAAAAUAAGCAGAAGGAAAGAAAAAAGUGGGACACCAGUCGAAUGGUGAGUGGUUGGAAAUUCUGCCCGGGAUUCGUGCGCUUUUACGACCGAUAUUUUGCGCGCGACAGUUUGAAAAAGAACAAGCCAGAGAUCUUUUCAACACCUAGUCGUUUAGGUAUGCGGGUUUCGUGGAAUAAAGCACUAUUUAGACGCUCAGUUUCGACAGGCGAAACUGCUGAUGACAGUGCGACUCAUGAUACCAAUGCUUCGGAUCGUGUUCGAAGAAAGACGAUGACAGACUGGAUGGCGAUACCCUCACUUGGGGAAGUGGUCCAGUUCACAUCUUCUGUACAAGGCCACAAUCUAAUGCAGGCGAAUGGUGUCAAUAUUUUUACGAAUACACAAUGGCAAGCCCUAAAAUUAUAUUUUUCAAUUUUGGAUCUUGAUGGCGGUGGUGUUUUGGCAGAAGAAAGCUUUGUUGUCCUUCUUGCUGAGCAAGAUAGUGACGCAUAUGCAACUGAAGACGAAUUGAGUUUAUUAUUGGAGGUCAUGGACUGCAAUGCUGACAGCUUGAUCACGGAACAGGAUUUCUUAUUGUUUGCGUUCCGCGCUAUGUUGCGGUGGAAAAAAGGCUUACACAAUUUGGAUUAG